AUGUCUACAGAAAUGGAGGUUGAUGAGCCUCAAAGACUCCCCGUCACAGUCACCAAGCCAAUUCCUCUAACAUAUGACCUCGGCCACCUCACUGCCUUCGAUUCAAAUCCUCUACCACCUUUGACCCCUUCAACUCUCGAACAAACCCUACACUCAACAGCCCGUGAUGCCACCCAGCUUCUCAUAAACCAAAUCCUCACCACCGUCGCUCUAAAAUCCACCCAAGACGGUGUCUAUGCCACCCUGCCAGAACCAAUCACAAAUCUACCGCGUGAGAAACCAGUGCCCAAGGCCAAAGAACUCACCUCAUGGGAGAAAUUCGCAAAGAAGAAGGGAAUUGCUGCCAAAGCUAAGGAUGGGAAGAUGGUCUAUGAUGAGGCUACCGGAGAGUGGGUUCCUAAGUGGGGGUAUAAGGGUAGUAAUAAGGGCGGAGAAGAUGAUUGGGCUGUUGAGGUUGAUGAGAGGAAACAGGAGGAUGUUAAUGCCAAUCCCAGGAGUUUGAGCAGAGCAGAGAGGGUGGAAAGGGUUAGAAAGAAUGAAAAGCAGCAGAGGAAGAAUGAGAAGAAUGCUACUGCGGCUUCUUCGUCAGGUUCCGGAGGGUACAAGAACCGCAGGCGUUAG